AUGGAGAAUGAUGGCGGCGAGCUCACCCAACGUACUACUGCCCCCUCUCGUCUGCUCCCCGCUCCGACUCAGAAUGUCCUGGAUCCUCGGCGUGUCGGCAAGCAAAAUUCGGGCUUCUCCGACGAUGACAUUUCCGACAUCAUCUGCCUCCUCUACCCAUACUCCCCUUUUGCCCGCCAAGAGGUCCUUCGGAUAGCCCAGCACGACGCCACCCACAUCCUCGGUCGCGAACAAGCCGCCGCCAUCGAGCCCGACUAUGACCAGGAGCACCAGGCCGACAACUUCCAGCUUGCGCCACCGAACACGGGUGACUAUGCCCUCAUCCUGAGGCUGUCGACGCUGGUCAAGGAUCCGUUGCAGGGGUUUCAGUUUGGCCGGAACGCGUCACGGUGCGAUGUGUGCUUCAGCAAUGACCCUAUGAAGAGACUAUCAAAUGUCCACUUUCGGAUCUACGUGAACAAGUAUGGCGUCGUCAUGCUGGAGGAUCAGUCCACGAACGGAACCUUUGUGGAUUCUAAUCUCCUGAAGGGCAAGAACCCGAACGACAAGAUGGAUGUGCGGCGGACAUUGAGUCACGGCUCCAAGAUCAAGAUCCUGAUGCAUUCCGAGCAGCAGGAUCUGGAGUUCCUUGUUCGGAUACCCAAGCGCGAGGGGGAGUACGACAGAGCUUGGAUCCGAAAUCUGGAGGACUACUUCGAGCGCAUCGACGAUCUGCAGAAAGAGGCUGCGGAAACAGUGGUACCUACCCCAGGAGGCGGGCAUCCCGAUCUCUUCUCUUCACCUAAAAAUCGACCGCCGCCGGCGCAGCCGCCCAAGAGGAUACCACUUCCGUCCGGCACGACACAGGAGAACGUAGACCGGUUCCCUCGGGAGUGGCGUGGCUCUAACAAGUACAAUAAGGUCGGCCAGAUCGGCAAGGGCGCCUUCGCCAUUGUCCACAAAGUCACGUCCAAGUUCGACGGCAAACCUUACGCAGCGAAAGAGCUGGAGAAGCGGCGGUUCAUGAAGAAUGGAGUUCUGGACCAGAAGGUCGAGAACGAGAUGAGGAUCAUGCAGAAAGUCCAUCAUGCAAGUCUCCUUCCCCGACGUAGGACCCGUGUCUACGACUAA